CCCUCCGAGCUGCCGGAGCUGCCCAGCAACUUUUCCUUGCUCUCACCGGGCGGGCGGGGGAGAGAGGCCCUCCCGACAGCUUCUAGAGUGUGCAGGCUCUCCUAUCCUUCCAUCAAGGGUAUCCUCCGCAAACCCAGCGAGGCUACGGUCCCCAGGCAGACCCGGGAUGGGGCCAGGACGGACAGGGGCCGCGCCGCUGCGGCUGCGGCUGGUGUUAGCGCUCAGUCAAGGCAUUUUAAAUUGUUGCUUGGCAUACAAUGUGGGUCUCCCAGAAGCAAAAAUAUUUUCCGGUCCUUCAAGUGAACAGUUUGGCUACGCGGUGCAGCAGUUUAUAAAUCCAAAAGGCAACUGGUUACUGGUCGGUUCACCCUGGAGUGGCUUUCCUGAGAACCGCAUGGGAGAUGUAUAUAAAUGUCCUGUUGACCUAUCCACUGUCACAUGUGAAAAACUAAAUUUGCAAACUUCAACAAGCAUUCCGAAUGUUACUGAGAUAAAAACCAACAUGAGCCUCGGCCUGACCCUCACAAGGAACAUGGGAACUGGAGGGUUUCUCACAUGUGGUCCUCUGUGGGCACAGCAGUGUGGGAAUCAGUAUUACACAACAGGUGUGUGCUCUGAUAUCAGUCCUGAUUUUCAGCUCUCGGCCAGCUUUUCACCUGCAGUUCAGACCUGCCCUUCCCUCAUAGACGUUGUGGUUGUGUGUGAUGAAUCAAAUAGCAUUUAUCCUUGGGAUGCAGUAAAGAAUUUUUUGGAAAAAUUUGUACAAGGCCUCGAUAUAGGCCCCGCAAAGACACAGGUGGCGUUAAUUCAGUAUGCCAAUAAUCCAAGAGUUGUGUUUAACUUGAAUACAUAUAAAACCAAAGAAGAAAUGAUUCUAGCAACAUCCCAUACAUCCCAAUAUGGUGGGGACCUCACAAACACAUUUGGAGCAAUUCAAUAUGCAAGAAAAUAUGCUUAUUCAGCAGCUUCUGGUGGACGACCAAGUGCUACCAAAGUCAUGGUAGUUGUAACUGAUGGUGAAUCACAUGAUGGUUCAAUGUUGAAAGCUGUGAUUGAGCAAUGCAACCGUGACAAUAUACUGAGGUUUGGCAUAGCAGUUCUAGGGUACUUAAACAGAAACGCCCUUGAUACUAAAAAUUUAAUAAAAGAAAUAAAAGCAAUCGCUAGUAUUCCAACAGAAAGAUACUUUUUCAAUGUGUCUGACGAAGCAGCUCUACUAGAAAAGGCUGGGACACUGGGAGAACAAAUUUUCAGCAUUGAAGGUACCGUUCAAGGAGGAGACAACUUUCAGAUGGAAAUGUCACAAGUGGGAUUCAGCGCAGAUUACUCUCCUCAAAAUGAUAUUCUGAUGCUGGGUGCAGUGGGAGCUUUUGGCUGGAGUGGGACCAUAGUCCAGAAGACUUCUCAUGACCAUUUGAUCUUUCCUAAACAAGCCUUUGACCAAAUUCUGCAGGACAGAAAUCACAGUUCAUAUUUAGGUUACUCUGUGGCUGCAAUUUCUACUAGAGAAAACACCCACUUUGUUGCUGGUGCUCCUCGGGCAAAUUAUACUGGCCAGAUAGUACUGUACAGUGUGAACGAGAAUGGCAAUGUCACAGUUAUUCAGGCUCACCGGGGUGACCAGAUUGGCUCCUAUUUUGGUAGUGUGCUGUGUUCCGUUGAUGUGGAUAAAGACACCAUUACAGAUGUGCUCUUGGUGGGUGCACCAAUGUACAUGAAUGACCUAAAGAAAGAGGAAGGAAGAGUCUACCUGUUUACUAUCAUAAAGGGCAUUUUGAGUCAGCACCAAUUUCUUGAAGGCCCCAAGGGCAUUGAAAAUGCUCGAUUUGGUUCAGCAAUUGCAGCUCUUUCAGACAUCAACCUGGAUGGCUUUAACGAUGUGAUUGUUGGUUCACCACUAGAAAAUCAGAAUUCUGGAGCUGUAUACAUUUACAAUGGUCAUCAGGGCACUAUCCGCACAAAGUAUUCCCAGAAAAUCUUGGGAUCCGAUGGAGCCUUUCGGAGCCACCUCCAGUACUUUGGGAGGUCCUUGGAUGGCUAUGGAGAUUUAAAUGGGGAUUCCAUCACCGAUGUGUCCAUUGGUGCCUUUGGACAAGUGGUUCAACUCUGGUCACAGAGUAUUGCUGAUGUAGCUAUAGAAGCUUCAUUCACACCAGAAAAAAUCACUUUGUUCAACAAGAAUGCUCAGAUAAUUCUCAAACUAUGCUUCAGUGCAAAGUUCAGACCUACUAAGCAAAACAAUCAAGUGGCCAUUGUGUAUAAUAUCACACUUGAUGCGGAUGGAUUUUCAUCCAGAGUAACCUCCAGGGGGUUAUUUAAAGAAAACAAUGAAAGGUGCCUGCAGAAGAAUGUGGUAGUAAAUCAAGCACAGAGUUGCUCUGAGCACAUCAUUUAUGUACAGGAGCCCUCUGAUGUUGUCAACUCUUUGGAUUUGCGUGUGAACAUCAGCCUGGAAAACCCUGGCACUAGCCCUGCCCUUGAAGCUUAUUCUGAGACUGCCAAGGUCUUCAGUAUUCCUUUUCAUAAAGACUGUGGUGAGGAUGGAGUCUGCAUUUCUGAUCUAGUGCUAGAUGUCCAACAAGUACCAGCUGCUCAAGAACAACCCUUUAUUGUCAGCAACCAAAACAAAAGGUUAACCUUUUCGGUAACGCUGAAAAACAAAAAGGAAAGUGCAUACAACACUGGAAUUGUUGUUGAUUUUUCAGAAAACUUGUUUUUUGCUUCAUUCUCCCUGCCGGUUGAUGGGACAGAAGUAACGUGUCAGGUGGCUGCCUCUCAGAAGUCUGUUGCUUGCGAUGUAGGCUACCCUGCUUUAAAGAGAGAACAACAGGUGACUUUUACUAUUAACUUCGACUUCAAUCUUCAAAACCUUCAGAAUCAGGCAUCUCUCAGUUUCCAAGCCUUAAGUGAAAGCCAAGAAGAAAACAAGGCUGAUAAUUUAGUCAACCUCAAAAUUCCUCUCCUGUAUGAUGCUGAAAUUCACUUAACAAGAUCCACCAACAUAAAUUUUUAUGAAGUCUCUUCGGAUGGGAAUGUUCCUUCUAUUGUGCACAGUUUUGAAGAUAUUGGUCCAAAAUUCAUCUUCUCCCUGAAGGUAACAACAGGAAGUGUUCCAGUAAGCAUGGCAUCUGUAAUCAUCCACAUCCCUCAAUAUACCAAAGAAAAGAACCCACUGAUGUACCUAACUGGGGUGCAAACAGACAAGGCUGGUGACAUCAGGUGUAACGCAGAUAUCAAUCCACUGAAAAUAGGACAAACAUCUUCUUCUGUAUCUUUCAAAAGUGAAAAUUUCAGGCACACGAAAGAAUUGAACUGCAGAACUGUUCCCUGUAGUAAUGUUACCUGCUGGUUCAAAGACCUUCACGUGAAAGGAGAAUACUUUGUUAAUGUGACUACCAGAAUUUGGAAUGGGACUUUUGCAUCAUCAACUUUCCAGACAGUUCAGCUAACGGCAGCUGCAGAAAUCCACACCUAUGACCCUGAGAUAUACGUGAUCGAAGAUAACACUGUUACGAUUCCCCUGAUGAUAAUGAAACCUGAUGAGAAAGCUGAAGUACCAACAGGAGUUAUAGUAGGAAGUAUAAUUGCUGGAAUCCUUUUGCUGUUAGCUCUGGUUGCAAUUUUAUGGAAGCUCGGCUUCUUCAAAAGAAAAUAUGAAAAGAUGACCAAAAAUCCAGAUGAGAUUGAUGAGACCACAGAACUCAAUAGCUGAACCAGCAGACCUACUUGCAGUGGGAACUGGCAGCAUUCCAGCCAGGGUUUGCUAUUUGUGUCAAUGGAUUUCUUUUUAAAUCCUAUUUUUUAAAAUAAUGUUAAUAGGUAAACUAGCCUGGUAUUUUCAGAGAAAACUGCAGGUCAGUUUACAAUGAAGAAAUUGUGGAGGGGGGAGGGGGAGGUAGGGAUAUAAAGGGUAAAAGACUUAUUUUAUAUGAUGGGGGAAAAAGGUAAUCUUGAAACUGGCUGGUCCAGAGUUUACAUUCUAAAGUGCAUUGUAUCAGCAACAUGAAAUGCUUCCAAGCAUGACAACUUUAAAAAAAAAAUAUGAUACUCUCAGAUUUUAAGGGGGAAAGUGUUCUCUUUAAAAUGCUUGUCUUUAAACAGCAACAACGAAAGUGGAAGUGCCUGAUAUAAUAUAUGGAAGUACUUCCACUUGUGUAUAUAAUUUUAAUGAAUAUUGAUGUUAAUAAGAGGGGAAAUAAAACAACACAGGUUGUUUUUCAAU